GUAUUAUCGCACGAAAACAUGAUGGCGAUCAAACAUAUUCUCUUAGUGAUCUUCUUCACGUGCGUAGCUUACGUUCACUGUGAUGAACUGAGAUUUCUUGUGGUGGGUGAUUGGGGUGGCAUGCCUUGGUACCCGUACACUACUCCUUACGAGACCGCGGUCAGUAGUGGCAUGGGAAAGGUCGCACAGGAACUAGGAACACAGUUUACCGUCGCUCUUGGUGAUAAUUUUUAUCUUGAUGGGGUGAAAAACGUGGAUGAUGAAAGAUUUAAAGAGACAUUUGAAGACGUGUUCACUUCCGAAUCUCUGAUGACCCCGUGGUUCUUUUGCGCGGGGAAUCACGAUCAUCAUGGCAACGUAUCUGCCCAAAUCGCCUACAGUUCUAAGUCUGAACGCUGGAAUUUUCCAGACUUUUAUUACACCAAGUCCUGGAAGAUUCCUGGCUCUGAUAUGGAGUUGCAGUUGGUUCUUUUAGACACAGUUCUACUCUGCGGUAAUUCUGGACAUGAUGACACCCUAAAUCAACCCGAAGGGCCCGAGUCCAUUGAAGUUGCUGAAGCACAAUGGAAUUGGUUAGAAUCAACCCUCCGUUCGUCCACAGCGCAUUAUCUGAUCGUUGGUGGCCAUUUCCCAGUCUGGUCCAUAGCUGAACACGGUCCAACCCAGUGUUUAGUUGACCGACUGAGACCCUUGCUGGAAGAAUAUCACGUGACUGCUUAUAUCAGUGGACAUGAUCAUAACCUGCAGCACCUAAAAGAACAGAAUUCCUCAGUUGAAUAUUUCGUCAUUGGAGCCGGUGACAUUGUGUUUAGAAGCACCCGGAACAAAGACAAAGUACCGAAAGGAAGCUCUCUGUUUUUCUGGGCUGAGUACUUAAGAUUCGGAGGAUUUGCGGUGAUACGCGCCUCGGUGGAGAACAUGACAGUGGAGUUUGUAGAUUCCUUCCAAAGUAAUCUUUACAAAAGAUCAAUCUCUCCUCGAUCACCUAUCGAGAGUCUAAAGUAAACGAUUCCCCAUAGGUGAAUAUUGUAGAAUAAAUCUACAAUUGUCAGGUUCUCCAAGGUGAAACAUGUCAAAUAAGAUUAUCAUAAGAAAUAUUUAGCAAUCAGAUGAUCGUAUAACUUUCUUAUGUGAUAAUUUUCAAUGUAAAGAUGAUUUCAUCGAAGUUACUAGUAAAAUGAAACCAGUGAGAAAGGCGUCGUGUUUUGGGGUGGGUAGGAAGGGAAAGCGCCCUUUCAACAAUCGGGAAAAAAAACACGAGAGAAGAGCGAGGCAAAAAAAUGAUGCUUGUCAAACAGACCUCGUAAAUGGUGUUUUUACCAUAAAGUUAAAAAGCUUACUGUUACUACAUUGAGUUGAUGUUCCAAGUAGAGAUACAUAUAAUUACCUCGGUCAUGUUCCAAAGAGACAACAUAGUAUUCUGAGCAAAUAUACAAUAAAAGUGGUGUAGGCAUUA